GUCUUACAUCAGCUGAGAGUGUACGCAAGCACUUUUGUGUCGUCGUGCUCCCCUUGUGUGUGUGUGUUGCCAUCUCCCUUCCAGACGCAACGCGAGAACGAAAAGGAGUGGCAGCGUCUGUGAAACGAUCCUGGGCCGGCGUACAUCACACGACCUUUUCUUCUUUCUUUCUUUUAAUUUCCGCGACUUCAAAAGCUCGCCCGCUGUGUUGUUGUUGCUGUUUGCACGAGAUGUCCAGUGACGACGCGGCACUCGAUGCGGCGGUGGACCGCAUUCUUUUGGGCGGUGCGCGUCCUUCUUCUUCAUCCACCGCCCCUGUGCGUUCGAUCGAUGACAACGAGCGUGCACCGUCUGCCUCCGGUAAAGCGGUGGUAGAAGACGUGAACGCUGUCGAGCAUGCGAGCGUGCGGCGUCCAUCACAGACGUCCUCCCCUGCGCCUUUAUCCGUGCAACCACCGCCGACUGCAACGCUCGAGGCGACCACGGAAGAAGAAGAUCUGAACGUGUUAGUGGAACGCAUUCUUGCCGGGCCGGGUCCUGCGGCACACACCUCGAACGGCACCACACGGCACCUACGCAGCUCUCAAUCCCCCACGAGUGCCUCCUUGUCUAUCUCGCCGGCUCCUCUCCGCGCUUCCAGCUUCCCCAGUCCUAUACCGAGACACAUCAGCAGCGUCACAUACAGCAGCAGCAGCAGCAGCAGCAAUCGCCGCAUCAACCGUCCGCCAGCGGGAGCAGCGAGGCGGCGCGUCAUCGAACAGGCGGCUCCACCAGGGCAGAUCGCAGCCUCUCCCGUGCGUCUGGCGGAGGUCUACUCAACAGCGCAUCGUCAUCUCCCAUGAAUGCCGUCGUGCGCCGCCUCGCGCGGUGGCAGGAGCGGCGGGAGGCGAAGCGGGUGCAGUCCGUGUAUGAAGCACUCGAGCGUGAACACGAGGAGUGCACCUUUGAGCCGUCCAUCAACCGCCUCGGCGGUGGCGGCACCGGUGACGAUCGCAGCCGCAGUCACAGCGGGGGCGACCAUGGGAAGGACGUGGAGGAUGUAAGUAGAAAGCAGCAGCAGCAGCAGCGUGCGUCCUCUGGCGGACGCGCCGAAUCACCGUCCCACUACGCUCCUCUGUGCCGCCGUGACAGCCACCGACGGAGCACGUCGACCGCGUCCUACGAGACCGACGGGGCGGAGUACGUCCCGUCCCUGCUGCCGCCCACGCAGCCCGUUUACGGGGCAGCGGCAUUUAUCGAACGUCUGCGCGGCGCACGGGAGGAGCGCGAUGCCGUCACGGCGGCGGCGGAGGCGAAGCGGCUGCACUACUACGACUCGACUUCCUUCACGCGCGGCGUCACCGUGCCGGUGCCGUUUGAACUGGGCGAUAGCCGGCCGAGACGGGUGGCGUCGUCGACUGCCGCCGUGCCCGGGGUGCCGUCGCCGCUGGCCCGGCUGCGUGCGGCUGCCGGGGUGGGAAUGUCGUUCACCGAGACGGGCGACGGCGGCUCUCGCGGAACGCCGCUGCAGGCGUCCUCCCCGUCGCGUGUGGGCCUUACUCCGCCGGCCGGUGUGGCGAAGAGAGGAGGCAACAACUGCAGCAGCAACAGUGCCACGCUGACUCGCUCACUUUUCUCGCACAUGCUAGGGCGUGGACCUCGCGUAGAGGAGGAGGACGAGGAUGGAUGGACCACCCCUUCUGCUUCUGCCGCGGCGGCAGCGGUGCAGUACGAGUAUGCCGGGGAAGAGGAAGAGGGCGAGGAGCGCUUGACGGCUGAGAACACAUUCCUGUCGCUCGCUCCGCAAAUCCGCGAGACCCUCUUGUUCGACCAAGGGAUGGCGCAGCAGCUGCAUCGCGCGACGGAGUCUAUUCGGCGUGGCGUCGUUUGA